UUGUGUAUGAGGGCUGCUAUGAGCAGGUUAGUCGCCAUUACAAAUACACAUGUAUAUAGAAGUCUCCUCUUUAUAUUGAACACUAUACAGAGCUGUUCAUGAUGAAAAUAUCGGUUAACCGAAAGUAGUACUCAGGCAGCUCCUGGAAUAGAGAUAGGAGAAUCGGUGAUAGAGAAUCAUUAAUUUGAGAGGAGGGAGUUCGACACCUCUGAUCUAUUUUUAAAUGGAAUUCAUUUCUACAUGUACGAAACAAUCACGAUUGAUAGGAACUUUUGUAAAGAAGAGUGGAUAUUUAGAUACUUAAGUACACGUCAAACCCCAGAAGGUCGACGAUUGAAUCAACGAAUUGCGGCUAUGCUUGUGGCUGUGUUGCAGCGCGCUCUGUAUAUAAAAUUCAAUGCGCAGUAGUAAAAGUUUUUUCGUGUGAAACUAAAAGAGGGCGAUAUUUUUGUCAAGGAAAACAGUUGAGCGAAACACCGAUUUCUAUAAUCCUUAUCAAUUUUGUGAAAAUCGGUACUACUAUCAGCUUACUUUAGUAUUACCAUUUGUAUUGGGUCUAGAAAAGUUUAUUAGCCGCAAUUCACCGCCAGCGAAUAAUCGCUAAGAUAUUUUAUCGUUAGGCUAUGUAUGUAUAAACUGAAAACAAGACUUUUUUUUAGCUUUUCCUGAGAAUCUCGACAGGUAAACUACUCAUACCAAUAUCUAUUACCUGAGUGAAACUCAUUUCUAUAUAUUAUAAACUGCGGUAAACUGCCAGCAAUUAACUGCUGGCAAUAAUUUGCUGGCAAUAAAUUUUUCGGAACUCAUCUGUAUUUACAUAUGUAAAUACUUAUUUACCAUAUAAGUAAGUAUCUAUGUCAUGACAGUGACUUUCCUCAGCCAAGUCGGGAAAUUGGAAAAAUAUUGAUUUCUAAAACAUUUAUCACUUUUACGGACAUCGAUUCUACUAUCAGGUUGCUUCAGUAUUACCAUAUGUAUUUACAUAUGUAAAUACUUUCGACAUAUUCGUGAUAUGGUAAUGAUAUUUUUGCAACUGGGCUAGAAAACUUACAUAUAAGUAAGGUAAAGACAAGAUUUCUUGUAGACUUCCAUAAUGAGUAGUCUGUGUCUUCGUUAGAGGAAUUUUGUCUAUGGAUAAAUAUUCUGUGACAUAAACGUCAAUGCUUCCAACAAAGAUAUCUCACCUUAAAUAUAGUAUUCAAUGCUUCUGUGAUAACACAAACAUUUUUGUACUAUGAAUAGAGGAGAACUGAAUACUAACAAUGGCGUUGAAUGAAAUUUCCAUCUUUAUUAUACUAUGGUUUACAUAACUUGACAUACACCUUACCUGCUUUUAAUAGCAGGUAGACGAAUGAUUAACUGCGCAUCUCUCGUGCGCAUCGUAAACGACAUGAGUUAGAAACAGUCUGGUAAAGGAACCUUCCCCACCGUCCAUGUAUACUAUAUAUGUUGAAGAAUGAGCUGCGUCUAAGAAUUUAAAAAUGGCAUUACCUGUUGAAUCUGAAAAAGGCUUAGAAUUUGUGAUAAAACAUUUAAUCGCUGGCGGUGUAGCUGGGAUGUGUUCAAAAACAACUGUUGCUCCAUUAGAUAGGAUAAAAAUAUUAUUACAAGCUCACAAUAAGCACUAUAAACAUUUAGGAGUUUUCUCAGGACUGAAAGAAAUUAUUCGCCGCGAAAAAUUUAUUGCUCUCUAUAAAGGAAAUCUUGCCCAAAUGAUUAGGAUUUUUCCAUAUGCUGCAACACAAUUUACAUCGUAUGAACUGUAUAAAAAGCGCCUAGCAGCUAUACCUGAGAUGCAUCUACUUUCACAUGAAUUUGUGGCUGGAUCUGCUGCUAGUCUUACAGCAGUUACAUUAACAUAUCCGUUAGAUACUAUUAGAGUUAGACUUGCUUUUCAAGUCACUGGGGAGCAUCUAUAUACAGGAAUUGUCAAUGCAGGAAUUAUAAUGUUCAAGCAGGAAGGUGGUAUUCGAGCAUUUUUCAAGGGAUUUUGUCCAAACGUGAUUUGCAUUAUUCCAUAUGGAGGAUUGGUGUUUUAUAUUUUUGAGAAACUCAAAUACUUAUGCAUGAAAUAUGCAUCAAAUUAUCUUUGUAAAGAAUCUGAUAAGGCUGCUGGUGAACUAAUUUUAACUAUACCUGCAAAAUUAUUUUGCGGAGGUACAGCAGGAGCUGUUGGUCAAACUAUUUGUUAUCCUUUAGAUGUAACUAGGAGACGUAUGCAAUUGGCUAUGAUGAAUCCUUCUACGCACAAGUACAGUAAUAGUAUGUUACAAACUAUAAGAAUGAUAUAUCAAGAAAACGGCAUUGUGAAAGGUCUUUACCGUGGGAUGAGCAUUAAUUAUUUACGCGCUGUUCCUAUGUUAUCGGUUAGUUUUACAACAAACGAAGUCAUGAAACAAAUUCUCAAUUUGAAUGUAGGAAAGAAAUUAUAAUUUAUUUUAUAUCAUUCUAGCUAUUUAUAAUGAUCAAAACUUUCCGAGUAAAAGUACAAUUAAUAGACUAGAAAUAUUAUAUAUUAUGAAUGCGUGAAUAGUAUUAUUUUAAUUGUAAUUUAAAAUAUACCGAAAUUUUAAUAUUUUAUACAUUUGUCAACAUUCAGCGAUAGUCACCGAGAUAUGUAAUUUGUUGCAAGUAACUAAUUACUUUCUACUAUUACUAAAUUGAUAGCAAUCGGUUUAAUUGGACAAUGAAAAUAAUAUUUAAAUAGAAAAGAAUAUACAACAGCCUCAUUAUGAUUAAAAACAGAAAAUAGAAACAUAAUAAAUGUAAUAUAAUCGUAUGCUUAAUAAUAUCGUUGAAAUAUUAUAUAUAAGAAAUAAUAUAUUUUUGGUAUGGGUAUUUGUCAAAAGCAUGUUAAUUCAAUAUAUCGAUGAAAAAGAUUUGUAAAUAAAAUAUUUUACGGAAUUUCUUGUAAACUAAAAAUUUUAAAACAGAUAAACUGUUAGAAAAAAUCAUAAAAUAUUAACAAUUAAUUUUGAACAUAUACAUACAUAAAUAUAUCAAUGGUAACUAUAGUUCAUUGAAGCAUUUAUAUCAAAUAUUUAUUUAAAUGCAUUGUUCGUUAACGUUUUUCCUGUUAUUUGCGUUUUCAUAAUUCUAUCGUAAAUUAUGUAAUUUAAAAAUUCAUUUUAUUUAUAAAAAUAUUUCUAUAAUUUAUUUUUAAAUCUUUAUUGUUGAUAGAAAUGAUUAUUUACUUGUUAGUCUUAAUAAUGUAAAAAUAAUGUAGAACUUUCUAAAUAUAAUAACAUUUCUUUAUUUCUCUAGUUUCAUUUAUAAUGAGACGACAUAAUAUCAGUUCAUAGCAUACUGUUUUCCUUGCUUCAGUAACAUCUGCCUAAGUACAGAUCUUGCAAGUUUGUUCAAUAUGCAUUAUUCACUAUUUUCAUGGUACCCAAGGUCUAAAAAAUAGGGAAGCAUGUGAAAGUUAAAAACCAAACACACACAUAAUUCAUAACUCUCGAAGUACUUUUUUGACUAAUGUGAAGUGUUGUAAAAGAUAUCAUAAAAGUUGUUAUCCCAAAUUGAUAUAUACAAAACGUAGUACGCAUCUUAUACACAAUAAUUAUAUACAGGUACAAACUGAUUGUGUUAUUCCAAAUUUAUAUACACAAUAAACGUGUUUAAAGGUUGUAAGUUUUGAACUGAGUUUAUGCAUAUGCUUUCAUUAUCAAUUCAUUAAUUUCCAAUAGAAGUGUAUUUCCCUUAGAUUUCCUUAAUCCAAACCUAUGGACAUUUGGCAUUCAUCGCUAGAAUUGGAUUUGAAUGAGGAAAAUGUAAAUGUAAGAUUUUUACAAACGAAUAAAGUGUGUUGAUUUAACAUCGGUGUCACAUUAUUUCAAAUAAAAGUUGAUAAUAACUCAAAAGUAGUAACUUACAAGUCUUGUCUCAAAUCUAACAGCCAGUAUGUUUAUCCUCGGUAUUAUAGAUUUAUUCAUCGUAUGAAAUAUGUACUUUAAGAAAAGAGAAUAAAUAGAGCAAAUACAAAAUUAACUAUACAAGUUCUAAGAUCUAUUACUGGUAUUCACGUAAGACUUACUUCUAAUUAACUCAGUAGUUUUUGUUAUAACAACUACGAUUAUUUUUAAUUCUAUGUAGGAAAUUUUAUUCUUAGUUUUUAUAAUCCAGUGAAUGUGUUUAAUACGUGAUAUAAAACAAAAAAAAAAUGCUCGAUCCUGCAUCACGCAGAAGGGAUUGCUGAUGAUUCACAAUAUUAUUGUUUCUGUGCUACUUUCUUUUAGAUUUACAAUCUUAGUAAAUUGCUAUAAUGUGCAUCUAUACAUUCCAUUUUUUCAUCUUAUUAUUUCUACUGUAUUACUUUAUAAUGCAUAUCCUCAAAUUACAUGCUUAUUUCUAUGAAUAUAUGUAUUUUGCAAUUUUAUCUGAUGCUCGUGUAUACAAUUCCUGCGUACCGACGAAUAUGAAUGAUUUGACACAACACAUUAAAUCUGUUUGAAUUGCAUUACACAUGUUUAUUUACCAGAAGCAUCAUUUUAUACCUAUUAAUUAGUAAAAAGGUGUUGAUAGAUUCAUAAGCAGUUAACUUUCAAUUUGAUGAUCGUGAAUGCAUGAAUUCAUUCAGUAUAAAGUGAGUUUCACUUAGGAAAUUACUACAGGAUUGAUGCAAAAGUGUUACUACUUACUUAAAUGAUUAAAAAAAGAAAAAUGAGAUGGCUCUGUCUUCAAAUUUUGUAUAAAUAUUUAACAACUGAAUUUCGGCGUAUAAAUUUAGGAAAUAAGAAAGAAUAAUAAUAUGAUCAAAAUAAAAUAACCGCUAAAUCAUACAUAAUUAAUCAACUAGUUGUAUGUAUAAAUAUUGUUACAAUAUGUAUAUAAAAAUGUAAUUUGCGAGAUUCAUAUUUUGUAUUCAUUUAAUAAAACAGUUGUAUUAAUAGUAACGAAAUUGUUGUCUAUUAUAGUUCUUCAGAACUGUAAUGUAUAAUGCUAUGUUACAUUAAUAAAGGAAUCUACUAAAAAAUGUAUUACAUUGUUUAUAUGGCACAAUUUGUAUAUGCCAACUUACUGUUGCAUCAACCCUCUUUAUAUUCCCCUGAAGUGGAACAUUUCAUGCUCCAUUCAUAUUAAUUAUAUAC